AAAUCCAAACUUACACCAUUACGCCAUACUAUUCACCGAUUUAGGGACAACAAAAAAAUACCCAUCGACAGAUCAAAAGAAAUUAAAUGCGGACGAACUGAGAUUCUUCCUGCGAUCAUUUCUUCAAUCUAAAAAUCUCAAAUCUAAAACUUCGAUAGUCGUCAAUCGUCAUCAUGCGCCGUACGCCUACGAUUUCCUUUCUGAGUUUUGCGUCUAUCCCUUCUGGCCUUCACUAGCCUCCCUCUCUCUCUCUCGCUCUCUCUCUAUUUAAUCCGUAUACUCCGUCUAUGCUAAUUGCCCAGUGCUGCUCAGAUUCAUAGAGAAGGUUGUAUCUUUUAAAACCCUACAAAGGCAGGUUCACAAUUCAUAGCGCUCGUAGGAUUGGCAGAUAUCAAAUCUCCCAAUGGAAUCAACACUGGAAGCCAAGUAAAUUUCCUAUUCAUUUGUUGGAAGGAAUACCCUUCUUCUAUUAUUCCUGUCAAAGCGAAAAGAUCAUAUAUUUUCAUCCUUUGUUUUAUGGGAAAAUCACUCCCUUCUUCUGCAACCAGGAUACAAGAAUUCGCGAGGCUUACCUCAGAUAAGCUUAAAAAUCCUAAACACGCAAAGCCCAUAUCGAAAAACACUAUUUUCUCACCGGAAACAGUUAAAUCGAGCGAAUCGAAGCAAUUAAAGUUGAAAAUGGAGAACAGUGAGAGACAGAAUCGUGUGCCGCUGAAGGAAGUGGUCUCUGAUUGCGUGAAGCGGUGGUUUCAAGAUACCCUCAAGGAGGCUAAGGCAGGGGACACUGGUAUGCAGGUCUUGGUCGGUCAGAUGUAUUACAGUGGCUAUGGAGUUGCCAGAGAUGCCCAGAAGGGAAGAGCUUGGAUUUCAAGAGCUUCAAGAAGUCGAUCUUCAGUUUGGAAGGUCAGCGGUAAACACCCAGGUUAUAAUGCAAGCGAUUCGGAUUCAGAGGAUGAGUUGAAGGGUGAUACGGAUACCAAAUAAGAUCUUUUUUAGUUGUUUGAAAAUGUAAAACAAGAAAG